AUCAUGGAAAUGGAAUGUGGAAACCUUGAAACAAUCAAAUGAAAACUGGUUUAAUAAAGUAAGAAAAAAACACGAAAUAUUAUUUUUCUUAUCUUGUGAAUUUUGUUAAAAUCAGUUGUUUAUUUUCAUUAAUAAAAACAAUUGAAUCCUUUUUUAGAUACCAAAGUUACGAUGUUUUACUUUAAAAACUUUCAUUAAUAACGAUUUGGAAUUUGUUUAUUUAAAAUGGCUUCUUAACAAUUUAAAUUAUGGUGAAAAACUUGAAAUUCAACUUAAAAAUGAGAAUAAAAUCGGUCGAACAAGUCAAAAUAUAUGGAAAUGUUUGAUUGAUGCAAAUUUCAUUCGUCAAUAUUGUUUACCUGAUAGAAUAAUUAAUUUAAUUAAUUUUAAUUUUUAUAUUUGUUCAGAAUGUCAAUUAUCAUUAAAUGAUAUAGAAAAAAUAACAAAUUCAUUUAAAAUUCAUUCUUUUUUUAUUGAUUACAAAUGGACAAAUGUUGAAUGUUUAUUUGAUCCAAUAAUGUCAUGUCAACAUAUUUUUUCUUAUUUUCCUACCAAACUUAACUUAUCUAAUAAUCUUAUGUUAGAUAUUUCUCUUUAUGAUAAACUUCAAUUAUAUUAUUUUCCUUUUUAG